GCCACCACUCAAAAACUCAGCUUUUAAAUAUCGACACCCAUCACUAGAAUCCAUACAUAUCAAUACAAAAGCUUCUUCUCCUCAAUUCUCUCUAUUUCCCAAAUGGCCAAAUCUGACCCACUGUAUGAAAAAGCAGCCAUUAGAAGGCAUGCCCAAAGAGCAUUGGAUCUUACCAUCUUCUUCCUCUUGCUUUCUCUUGUGGGUUAUCGCCUCCUGUUUCUCUGGAGCCAUGGCUUCUCCUAUCUCCAAACCAUCGCCUUUCUCUGCGAGUCAUGGUUCUUCUUCGUCUGGCUUCUCGCCAUCAUCACCAAGUGGAAUCCCGUGGACUACAAAACUUACCCUCAUCGCCUCCUCAAACGUGAGGUGGAGCUUCCGGCAGUGGACAUAUUUGUGACGACGGCGGAUCCGGUGCUGGAACCGCCGAUAAUAACGGUGAAUACGGUGCUGUCUUUGAUGGCGAUGGAUUAUCCGGCGAAUAAGCUGGCUUGCUAUGUUUCCGACGACGGGUGUUCUCCGGUGACGUUCUAUUGUCUGAGAGAAGCACUAAAAUUUGCGAAGAUUUGGGUUCUGUUUUGCAAAAGGUAUGAGGUUGAAGUUCGUGCUCCGUUCAGAUACUUCUUGAAUGGCUUAAAACUGCCCCAUCAUCUGGAAAAGCCAGCAGAAUUCAAAAAAGAGUGGAAAAUGAUGAAGGAGGAAUAUGAGCUGUUGGAAGGCAAAAUCGAGGAAGCAGAAGAAACCAUAAAUGGUUCACGUGAGUUUGGAGAGGAAUUGGCUGAUUUCUUCAAUAUUGACACCAAAAAUCAUCCCACCAUAAUAAAGAUACUAUGGGAGAAUAAAAAAAGUGCUUCAGCUACACAUUUCAUUUAUCUAUCCAGAGAGAAGAGCCUAAAACCUCAUCACUACAAAGCGGGUGCUAUGAACGUUCUGACAAGAGUGUCGGGAUUAUUAACAAAUGCUCCAUACCUGCUCAACGUGGAUUGUGACAUGUUUGCUAAUAAUCCUCGAGUGGUUAAGCAUGCAAUGUGCGUAUUCUUCAACUCGGAAGUUGACUUUAAAGAGAUAGGAUUUGUGCAAUCUCCCCAAUGUUUUUACGAUGGAAUGAAAGAUGACAUUUAUGGAAAUCAACUUGUGGUCAUAUACGAGUACGUCGCACGUGGGAUCACGGGACUUCAAGGACCUUUGUACAGUGGUACUGGCUGUUUCCACAGACGAAAAAUUAUAUAUGGCCAAUCACCUCACCACAGUACAAAUAUUAUCAAUGAAAAAACUUCUGAGAAAGAAUUGCUCAAGUCGUUUGGAUAUUCACAAGCUUUCAUUGUGUCAGCAACUUGUGCUUUCAAUGAAAAUGCGCACCUCAAAUCCCUUUUGGACAAUGUUGAAGCAGCAAAUCAGGUGGCUCGAUGUGGCUACGAGAAUGGGACUUGUUGGGGUUCCAAGGUAGGGUGGAUCUAUGGAUCUACCACGGAGGACAUCCAAACAGGAUUGAUGAUUCAAAAAAAAGGGUGGAGAUCUAUUUACAUUGCCUUAGAUCCACCAGCCUUCUUAGGUUGUGCACCAUCACAACUUCCUAAUUCCCUCACACAACAAAAGCGAUGGGCCACAGGAUUGCUUGAAAUUUUAUUCAGUAAAAACUGCCCUGUUUUUGCCACUUUGUUUGGAAAGCUCCAAUUCAAGCAGUGUGCAGCUUAUCUUUGGCUCCUUACUUGGGGCCUUCGUUCCAUUCCAGAGCUUUGCUAUGCGGCGCUGCCAGCCUAUUGUCUCAUCACAAACUCUCAUUUCCUCCCUAAUGUGCAAGAGCCAACAAUCUACAUCCCAAUUUCCCUCUUCAUCGUUUACAACUUCCAACAAUUGCUGCAAUACUACGAAACAGGUCAAUCAAUAAGAGCGUGGUGGAACAAYCAGAGAAUGGGAAGGAUAAACACAAUGUGUGCAUGGUUUUUUGGAGUAGURAACGUGRUUCUUAAGUUUCUGGGUAUAGCAGAAACUGUGUUUGAAGUAACAAAGAAAGAGACAUCUUCUUCCAAAGAUGAUGGAAAGACGGGACAUUUCACAUUCGAUGAAUCUCCGAUAUUUGUGAUGGGCACAACCAUUUUGUUGGUGCACGUUAUUGCGUUGCUUAUCAGUUUGAUAGGGGAGAAGGCGAGGAGUGGAGUGCUGGAGAUGAUAUGUAGUUUGUGGUUGGUUUUAUGCUUUUGGCCGUUUUUGAAGGGUAUGUUUUGUAAAGGAAGUUAUGGACUUCCAUUGUCCACUAUCUACAAGUCAGUUAUCAUGGCAUCUGUGUUCGUGCAUUUAUGCCACAGAACAACAAUGAAUUAACCAAGACUUUACGGUCUUGUUUCUUACA